CGAUUAGUUAUCACAAAAAAAAACGUUUGAAAUUUCUAAACUUGUGGCAGUUUAAAACAAAGUGUGUGUUUCGAAACGUGAUUUUGUUUCGUUGCGGGAAUAACUUAGUUGCAGUAGCACAAUUUUUAGCUAUGGUAACAUACGACAAAUAUGGUAUUCCCGUAACCAUAUUUGUCUGUCGAUGCCUAACGCACGUCAAGAUGUGACACGAGAGAGAUAUAAAGCGAGGUUCCGUAUAACGUCGUUAUUCUGGGAUACUUACUAAGACAAUGUAAGAAUAGACAAUAAAAUAAAAUGACGUUUCGAGACUGACGCAACGAUUUCCCGCCAACGCUACCGCGUACAGAAACAGAAAGUGCAGUGUAAUUUUGAAUCGGACCAUUUGGUGCGAACUUUAAAAUUCGAACGUUAAAUAUUCAAUUUAAAAAAAAAGAUCGUUAAAAAUAAAGUCGAGGUACGCGAGUGUUUUGGAGGGUGUGAAGGGAGUUUCGCGUGGCGUCGUGAUAGGUGCGCACUCUCGCCAAUGCGGCGGCGGCGUGAGCGCGAUGUCGCCGCCGCGGGCGCUGCUGGCGGCUCUACUGCUCUGUCAACUGCUGUCGUACGGUGGCCACCAAGGACUCACCAAGAUAUUCUACACGUUACCUGACACGGGGCAGCCUCCAAUUCUCAUCUCAUUGGUAGAAAACGCAAAAUUGGAUUUGAAAACUCCAGACGAACUAUUGUUCGCAAAUGACUCGGAACAGCACAAUGAAACGACAAGUUUCGCUAUUAUUGAUAGUGAAGUCGAGGAUGAAAACGAAAGGACAUCAACGGAAAACACAGAGAAAGAAAGCACGGAACCACGCCUUGUAGUCAAAGCGAGGCCCAUGCACGAAACAAGGCAAACUGAUGAUGCAUUUCAAAGCACCACUCCCACGCCAGAAGCGGAAACGACAACAGAAUCUCACAUUGAAGAAAAAUACGAAGAAAACAUUCCAACUAAACCAGAAACUCCGCAAGAAGAUAUACCCUCAUUCUCAGAAUGGGCGCAAAAGCAAUUAGCAGAAGCUGAAAAGAAAGAUACCGUGCUGAAUCAUUCGAGUCAACCUAGUCAUAAUCAUUCAAAUUUUAGCAGCAAAAGCACCAAAUUACGGUCGAAAAAUUACGCCUCACUUGCUUGCGGCGCUAAAGUCGUUGCCGUUAAUCCUGAAGCAGGAUCGGCAAGUUCGAUUUUAUCUCCAAACAGAGAUGAGUAUAUGCUUAAUACAUGCAAUAGUCGCAUUUGGUUCGUGGUAGAGCUGUGUGAAGCUGUUCAAGCACAAAAAAUAGAAAUAGCCAAUUUUGAGCUGUUUUCAUCGACACCGAAGGACAUCGCUGUGUAUUUCAGCGAUCGUUUCCCGACUCGGGACUGGGCCGAUGUCGGUCAAUUUACAGCGCAAGACAUGAGAGAUGUACAAAGUUUCGAUUUAUAUCCACAUUUAUUCGGUAAAUUUAUUAAAGUCGAGUUGUUAUCUCACCACGGCUCCGAGCAUUAUUGCCCAAUUUCAUUAUUUAAAGUUUACGGCACUUCAGAAUUUGAAGUUCUGGAAAAAGAAAGUUCUCAACAUUCAUCACAUAUAGAUGAUGACGAAGACGACGAGAUAAUAGAUGUCCCCGACAUACCCGCGGCCGAGACGGAACCAUCGAAAAAUCUUUUUGGUUCCGCGAGAGACGCAGUGAUGUCUAUCAUGAAGAAGGCGGCUCAAGCAUUAGUUAAAAGUGAAGUUCCUAAAAAUGUUUCAAGUGAACGUAACGAUACGUUAACAGAUACAAUGUACAAAAAGUGUUGUUCGCCCAGCCAUAUUAUAGUGUGUGAUAAUUGUAGUGAAACACUUUACAACGAUGUGUAUGAACUGCUUAGUUGCAGUUCGGACAAAUUAACGAGUUUAGUACGGCAAGUGUUCCUAAGAGACACUUUAAAGUGCACAAGUGUAUGUCAAACAUAUGGUUUAGAUUUUAAAAGUACAAAGACUAUAGAGUUUGGCGAAGAACGUGUAGCGUAUAUUAACGCUUUAUUCCCGCCUAAAUAUUUAGCGGCUUUGUGUAACAUUCUCGCAAUUAAAGAGAAAAAAGUAGUUUUAAACACAAGCUUUGAAACUGAAAUGAACGUUACCUCUAACGUUACUGUGGAUGAAUCGCCACAAAAACUGAAUAGUGAAACACAUUCAGAUCAAGAUAUCAAGUUAGUGCCGAUUAAAAAUGAAACGACCGAUGAUAAAAUCAAUGAGACGGCUCAAUCUGAUGACAAAACUGUUGUACCUGAACAAAAAGCUGAGAGCACACCAAUAGAAUUACCUAAAGAUGAAAAAGAAAAAUCGGACACGUGCAAAGAAGAUCUUCAGAUAAUUCUUGAAGGAAAACAAUCUUUAGUAGAAUCCACGGACGAGCCUCCUAGUGAAGAGAAACAAGUAGAAGGCAAUAAUGAAAACGAAACUAAAGAAAUUCCUUCAAAAACAGAGGUUAAAAACGGACGAGAAGUAGUUACAGAGAAACCAAAAGAUAUAAAUAAUGUAGGCGAUGAAAUAAGCGAUCAGGUUUUAAUCGAUUCUGAAAAUUUUAUGCCAGAAUUAGAUCAAAUCGCAAUAGAUCCCAUACCCACAGGUAAUCACGCCACACUUAAUCAAAACCAAGCACAGGCAACUCUACAAAAAGAAUCAGUAUUUUUAAGGCUGUCAAACAGAGUAAAGACACUAGAAAGAAAUAUGUCUCUCUCGGGACAAUAUCUUGAAGAGUUGAGCAGAAGAUACAAGAAACAAGUAGAGGAAAUGCAGAAGUCGUUUGAGAAGACGGUGGUGCAAAUGACAGAAGAACGACGUAAGAGCAACGAACGUGAACAAAAGUACUUAGACCAGAUGACACAAUUACAAGAUCAAUUAGUUCAAAUGACAAUAGCCAUGACGCUCCUUAUGGAAGAAAGAGACAGUUGGUUUGGCAACAUCACAUUCUCGAAAUUCAUUAUGUAUCAAUCAAUUAUAAUCACGUUAAUAUUAUAUUACGUUUCAAAACGAAAAAAACCAGAAACUAUAAUGGUGGCGAUCCCUAAAAAGAUUAUGAAGAAACAAAACAGGCUUAGAAGGAACUCAGUUGAAGGCGUGAGCGGACACGCCACUCCGUCGACGAAGAAAAGGAGGCCGAGCGAGGAAGCAUUCCAAAUUGCAAGGCAGUCGACGGAAGAUAUGGAAAGGGAACAAGAGUCUGGUGAAUGGCAAAUUUCUAAGAAAAAUAGGAAGAGAAAAACUUCAAUACUUCAUAGGAGUUUAGAAUCUGAUAUUAAGGAAACUUCUAAUAACCAAGAUGGUAUCAGGGAACUUCAAGAAAAUCCGAACAUAACUCUAGAUGAGGGAGUCUAUUUCGCUCCAGUCUCGGAGCCCAAGGAAUUUACGAUAAAUGAAACUAAAGAAAAAGAGUUACCAAAAAGUAAUGGAGGAUCGUUUUUCAAUAACUUAAAAACGAAGACGAUGAAGACGAGACGAUUGUCGUCGCCGGCGUUUCUAAGAACUCUCAAUCGUCAAAGCAGCAGAAGUACACCCAGUCCAGACGUGCGGACUUUAGAACCGAUUUUCAAUGGAAAAUUGGGCAAGAAAGCCGCUUCCGAAUCGCCAACUGGAAGCCUCUGGUCGGAAUCUACCGAUAUAUCUCAGAAUGGACAACAAGAGAGCGAAAAUGGCAGCAAAAAGAAGAAAAGUCUUAAAAACAUACUUAAGAAAGUAUUUUGAGAACUUUGAGUGUUUGUUUUACACGUGCUUAGUAUAAAUCGCUGUCUCGUUUAUUAAUGUGUAUUUUAUUGUUUAAAUUAUUGUAUAAAAUAUUUGCGUCAUUGUUAGACCUCUAUGGGUGCCAAUUGUGAUAAAUUAGGAAGCCUAAUGCUAUUUCAAUUCUUUUUUUAUUUCUGCAGUUAUGUUUGCUAGAAUGCCAGUAUUUUAUGAGUGACAAUAAGGUAAAUUGUGGAUUGCGGACACUAGUCGAGCGAGUUCGGUAAACAAAGAAAUGGCAUUAAAUGCAUUAAUUUUA